AUGAAGAACGGCGAUGGUGCCGGCCUCGUCUGCCGCAGGCGGCGGCAGGAGCCUCCCUCCUCGGUUGAGCAUAUCAACGUCUACAUCACCCGAAAAUUCUUUGCGUCGGCCGAGGUUUCAAGGCUCUUGUUUGGCGCUCUGUGA